UUCACUUCGACAUCUGUGAACAGACCGUACAGAACUGGUAAAAAUACUCAUUCAUUUUCAUUUGACAAAUCAUUCAAGAAGCAAACUCCUUCUUCGUGCAUGGACUGAAACAGACUGAUGGGUUAAAUUUGCGUUGUGCAUCUGCGCCAAUUAUCAAAAAUUAUCUUAGUUAGGAAACAGAGCGGGACUCUUCAGCUUCCAAAUACGCGUCUCUGCAGCAAUGCCACUACAUCUCCAACAUACACGAAUCGGAAGUCUGUUUCUUGCGGUGUUAGUAGUGGUACGCUGUUGCAAUGGGGUAACAAUUCAGAAACCGGCACCAUUUUGCCUCCUCAUCAAAUCUGAACACGGGAGUUCACAGGUUAGUUUUCUCAUUCACUCACCGGACACUUCAGCAUCUCCUCUCUUUUACUGGAGCAAGUGGACAACAGAGAAACACGUUGAAGGUUGUUACAUGAGUAGCGACGGGUCAUUGGUUCAGCGUUAUUGGUCACUCUGCAGGCAAAAGCGCGCAUGGGACAACCAUAAGUUACCAAUGCACUUCAACUUGAGCGCACUACUGGACGAUGCCAGUCUGUGUGAAAUGAACACGUAUAUCAAUUUCACUUUAAAGCAAGGCCAGCAGAUGGAUUCAAAAGCAAGAAGUCGGCAUAAACGCGCAUGGGUUUUACCGGGAACACUUUGGUGCGGACGCGGCACCAGCGCCAAUGACUAUGAACAGUUGGGUAUGUUUGUGAAUGCAGACAGAUGCUGUAGAGAGCACGACCACUGUGAGCACAUCAUACGCUCGUUCUCUGUCAAUUUUGGUGUGUUCAAUCCCACUCUGUUCACGCUCUCCCACUGUGACUGUGACGACAGAUUUAAACAAUGCCUUCUCAAUGGAAAUGACACCAUCUCCAACAUGGUGGGCUACAGUUUUUUCAACGUCCUUAAGCUCCGCUGCUUUGAGCUGAUCCAGAGGAGGCAAUGCACGCAGUACAACUGGUUUGGAAUGUGCACAAUGGUCCAGACUGCACCUGUCGCAGUAUUGAAAGAUUCAACACCAUAUAAUUCUACCAGUCUGACUAACGAGAACAGCGGCACCAUUGACCUUUCAUGCAAUGAGGUGCCAAUCAGACUGUCACACAGCGGCAAACGAAGAACCUCUAAAUCAAAACAAAUUCAACUGACAAAGGACCGAAAAACCUGCAUUCCAGUGGACUAUGCAAAAAGGGAAAAAUUAAAAAAAAGGCCAUUUCAAAUUCAAAAAAGUCAAAAGUUGGGAAGCCAAAUUGGAAAAAGAAAGAAACUACAAACAAAUGGACAUCAAAAAGGAAGGAAGGAAACUGUGCAGUCGCUCGCUCCACAAAGGAAGGCAUCCAAAGAGAAGAAAGUGAUAACUCAGAAGUUCAAAAUGGAAACUAUUCUUCAAAGCACCCAUAGGACUCCAAAAGCAAGUGUCACUCGCUCCCCUUCAGCGUCAUCUAAAACAAAAUUACUUUUGGUGCAACAGACGAUGGCCACUCAGUCUAAGCUAAUGUCUGUAACUAAAUCAGGAGCAAGGACACAUCAAAAUAAGAGAAAAAGGGGUAAAAAGAAAAAGACUCAGAAAGAAAAACAAAUUAAAACCACAAAACAAUGA